ACCCAUAAAAAGUAAAGGCCUAAAUAUUCUCUCAUGAAAACACAAACUUUUUCUGCAGUCAUUGCCUUUUCCCUUCCAUUUAAUUUAAUCUUACUCGAUUUAUACAUCUUCUGAUAUAGUAAUCAGUAGUGAGGUCUUUAUUUCCAAUUUAGUUGAAGAGGUAUAUUGAUGGAGCAACAGUGUAACAACCCUAGUUCCUCAUCAUGUAAAGUUGAUAGAAAGACAAUUGAGAAAAACAGAAGAAAUCAAAUGAAAGAUCUCUACUUGAAGCUCAAUUCUCUUGUCCCCCAUCAUCAGCAUUCUAAGGUAGUUUUGUCACUGCCAGAUCAACUGGAAGAAGCAGCCAACUACAUAAAGAAACUGCAGAUAAAUUUGGAGAGAACGAGACAGAGAAAAGAAAGCUUAACAGCAGGUGUAAAUGCAAGUUCAAGGUCAAGAACGGAACGGUUGCCGUUGCCACAUAUUGAAAUCCAAAGUGUGGAUUCAGCUCUAAAGGUUGCUCUAAUUACUAAUUUGAAUAAUCAGUUGAUGUUCAAUGAUAUAAUACGUAUGCUUCAUGAAGAAGGUGUACAAGUCAUAAAUGCUAGUUAUACUGUCACUAAUGACACCGUUUUUCAUUCCAUACAUUCAAAGAUGCAGGGAGAGUGCACACCUGAAUAUGGAGCUGCAAGAAUCUCUGAAAGGUUAAAGAAGUUUGUGGGUGGUGCUAGCUCUCUUGCUAGCAAUUGCUAAUAUGUCUUUCUCAUUGAGUUUGCUUGUUUCUUUUCACUUACUUUCUUUAGGCAUUAUAAUUCAUGCCAAGUAAGUCCGCUAAGAGAGUAAAACUUUUCCUAUCAAGAUGUAGUUAAUUAUUUGUAAUUUUCCGAAGGUCUUUUAGUUAAGGAAAAGGGAAUGUUGAUCAUCUCAUAAUAUAUAUAAGAUGGUGAUUGAGUA